UGAAGGGCAGUGGCACUCAUUCUGAUAGGAGAGAGCCAUGUGCCAAGUGGAAGAAAGCAUCAGGGAGCCAUCACAACCCACAGAGAAGCUCUACUUUUCCAACCUCUGAUUCACCAUGAAUGGACUUGGACAACGUGUAGAGAGGACAACCGCUGCAAACCCCAGGCCAAAUGUUGCAGCUGAGCUGGGGAACAUCUUUGCCAUGAUGGCUGGAGAUUUGCAGAUUCAGCUGAAUGAGGAUUUGGAAGUUGGUGUCAUCCAGAGAGAGGUUAAGAAGUUACCCAAGCAGGUGAGAGAAGACCUAGUUCCACUUUCAACUGACCGGACUCGUCUUCUAAUAGAACCUGCCAAAAAACCAAGACAACGUUAUGUCCAGAAAGAUGGCAAAUGUAAUGUCCAUCAUGGGAAUGUCAAGGAAACAUACCGCUACUUCAGUGAUCUCUUCACCACACUUGUGGACCUCAAGUGGCGCUUCAGCUUGUUAAUCUUUAUCCUGGUGUACUGCAUCACCUGGCUCUUCUUUGGACUGAUAUGGUGGCUCAUUGCAUACAUCCGGGGGGAUCUUACACAUCAAGGGGAGGAAAACUGGACUCCCUGUGUGGAGAACCUGAACAGCUUUGUUUCAGCUUUCCUUUUCUCCAUUGAGACAGAGACUACAAUUGGUUAUGGCCACAGGGUCAUCACGGAAAACUGCCCUGAGGGGAUCAUACUGCUACUGAUCCAGGCCAUCAUUGGUUCCAUUGUCAAUGCUUUGAUGGUUGGCUGCAUGUUUGUCAAAAUUUCCCAGCCCAAAAAGAGGGCUGAAACCCUCAUGUUCUCCAACAAGGCAGUCAUAUCAGCCCGUGACAAUAAACUUUGCCUCAUGUUCAGAGUAGGAGACCUCAGGAACUCCCAUAUUGUUGAGGCUUCCAUUCGGGCCAAGCUGAUAAAGUCUAAGCAGACCAAGGAAGGCGAAUUCAUACCUCUCAACCAGACAGAUAUUAACGUGGGUUUCGACACAGGUGAUGACCGCCUAUUCCUUGUGUCCCCUUUGAUCAUCUGCCAUGAGAUAAAUGAGAAGAGUCCAUUUUGGGAAUAUUCGAAAGCACAGAUGGAGAAAGAGGAGUUUGAGAUUGUAGUAAUCCUGGAAGGGAUGGUUGAAGCUACAGGGAUGACAUGUCAGGCUCGCAGCUCUUAUCUGGACACCGAGGUGCUCUGGGGCUAUCGCUUCACACCAGUGUUGACUCUGGAGAAGGGCUUCUAUGAGGUAGACUACAAUUCUUUCCAUGAUGUCUUUGAGACUCAUACACCUUUCUGCAGUGCCAAGGAUCUGGCAGCUAUUGCCAGUGUUGGGCAGCUGUAUGCUCAAAUCUCUCAACAUAAUGCAAACACUUGCACCUUCCCCAAGGACUCACAAACCAGUGGUCAGAAGCAGGAUGAUGCUAGAAAAACAAAUGGAUCCACCAGCCAAGUCCACCCUGCCAUCAAGCAUUGAUUGUACCGACUGGAGAGAGUUAAGGCCAUGUAAUAUUUGACGACUUUUCCGGUGUUUUUCAGUCAUAGUCUUCAUUUGCAUAAUCUUGGGGAGUCAAAAUAGUUGGCGGCUCGCUCCCGUGAAGACCAGUCAUCUAGUAGGACAUACCCAGCAACACACUCCUGCUUGUCCACAGUUUGCUCUGAUUUUGUCUUUAGUUGUAGGAGUGGGCUCUGUAUAUGUGAAAUCUGGCAACCAAUCCAGGAGUACAAUGCAUGUGAAUUAACA